GGAUAAUAGACUGAGGUCCCGGUAGACGACACUUGCGCUAUAGUUUACACGGUUCCUAACGCUCAAAAGGCACGCCUGUUGCAGUUUGUUGCUCCAACGUAAAUCUAAGAAAGGUAAAUACCACCGCGCUUUUGCGUCAUCAUGAACAUCACGGAUGAUGAAGAGUUUCUAAGUCAUUUUCAAGGAGAAAUACUGGAGGGAAUUGUGGACCUCCUAGUUUUGCAUUCAGAAGAUGUUAGUGACUUCGGUUCUGUACCGAUCGGACCUUCCCUAGUGAUGUCCGCACUCUCUACGAUUACGCAAGACGAAGCUAAAUGGACGCAUGCUAUACAAUAUAUUGUACGUAAAAUGCCUAGUUAUGCGAUUGUUGUCAUAAAUGAAAUGAUUAAGGAGAUGCCUUGUCCUUCUGCAGCGACCGUUGGCGAGGUAUUUGCCCUUCAAUAUCAAUUGUCAGAGCUGCGCUCGGAUAGUUUCUUUUACUAUCGCAAACUAGACGUAAAUAUCUGUGCGGUGCUUGGCUGCUUGGCACACAAGAUGGCAGGGGUGUUCAGUGAGGAAAUAUUCACAACUAAUGUUUGGAAUUAUCUGCUUCGAUUUCUUAUACAUCGGCGUAGUCCUCUGCAGAUACUCAUGGCAUUAAUUGCCAUAGAGAAGUUCGCCAUCACUUCGGAAAAUAAAAUAAAAAUUGUCGCUGCAUUCCAACAGAUGAAUCAAAACCCUUUAAUCAAUCUGAUGGAUUUCCUAACGUCCGAAGAUUAUAUACAGUAUCAAGUUGGAUUUUGCGCCAGAUGGGCCUUGGAUAACACUUUUACGGUGCCGGGACGAGAUCCUACUUAUUUAUCUGUUGAUAUGAGUGGCAUUAAUGUAACAUUAAGCCAAUGCACUGGUUAUUUUAUGAAAAUCUCUCCGGACGGACUCGAAGUCCGUUGCGAUACCAAUGAGUAUGGUACGGUGCGCGCGACAGGAGAGGCAUGCCUUGGAUCCUGGUAUUAUGAAACGUCCCUGGUAUCUUUAGGUCCGAUGCGCAUAGGCUUUGCGUCAUCGAAGGCCGAUAUGAGCGAUGAUUAUGUCGUUGGUUCGGACGCCAAUUCUGUUGGCUACGACGGCAGCGUCAAGUGCCUGUGGACCAAUUCUGAGAAACAAACCCUGGAUGAUCCGCCUUUUUGGAAGGCCGGCGAUGUAGUGGGGUUUUUCAUAAACAUAGACCAAAAAACUAUUUACCUCGUGCUUGAAGACACAACCAUCAUGACAACUGCGCCUGAUUUAUUUGAUGAUGAUCUUGCUUGCGGGACCGAGACAUCUUACUUCCCGGUCGUAACUUUGGCCCCGUACCAACAAUGCCGAUUUAACUUCGGCGCCAAGCCAUUUGUCCACACUCCACCUGAGGCGAACUUCUCGACUUUUAAUGCUGCCUGUCAACUCGCUGCAGAAGAGAAGAUGGUGAAAUCCAAAACAACGUUUCAAUCGGAAAAUUCGAACUUCAAUGAAAGCAGCGACGCAUGCAUUCUAUGCUACGAUAAUAUCGCUGACACAAAACUGCUUCCUUGCGGCCAUACCUGUUUUUGUAAAAGCUGCGCAGGGAAACUCCAGAUCUGCCCUGUUUGCUGCGCCGAUAUCGAUAAUCGCGUCUAACACCCAACUCAAGUUCCGUCGCAACUUCCCUCUCAAUUUCCCACAUUGUUUUUGUUUCUCCUGACUGAAGAAAGGGUAGUUAGCGAUUUUCUCGCAUAUGCAAAUUUAUUAAUGGGUUCAUAUGUAUGUAACUUCGUACGUCGUUGACAUCAUUUCAAGCGUCUUCUUCCCCGG